AUGCCAAGUAAAGAUCAUAUCGACACUGAACUGCUGAUCAAGUUUCUUAGCGACCCAGAAAUGACUAAGAAAUUGAUGGAUGGAAACGGGUGGACAUCAAAGCCUGAAGAUGAAGCUCCUCCUGCUCCCAAAGCAAUCAUAUCCUCGUCUUUGCCAAGCUCAACACCUGCAACAGUGGUUGAUAAACAUCCUAAUUGGCGGAGCAAAGUAAUUGUAUCCAGCUCCACUAAAGAGCCAGUGAAUCAAUCUCCUAUCCUGCCUUGCUCUAAGGCCGAAACAAAAAUCAACAAAGCUGCAAGUAAACCAAAUGGAAUGGGUGCAGAACAUGGACCAACACACACAUCACAGGCAGCAACAAGACAGAGUCAAUCCCCAAGGUUUAUCCCUGAUGGCCCGACUAAAAAGGUGACCGCUUGUUCAAAUGCUCGGGAACAUAUGGUCAGACCUCUAGUGCCGUCCCCUUUGAGACCUGAUGAGAAAACCAUCGACAGACUAGUGAAAAAAUAUGGAGGUCCUGAUAUUACUGGUGUGAAGCCUGCGGACUCCACAACGGCAAUGAAGAAAAUGAUUGAUGAUUACGGAGCACCUGAUGUGGCACGGGUAAAGCCAAUGGUUUCUGUGGUUGCUCCCAAUGCAAUGCCACCAAAUAUAGGAGAGGUACAUAGAAGACCCUUCAUGGGACCAAGAAGUCCUCCAUUGCUGACCUUGCCUCCCGUGAUGAAUACGAAUCUGCACGCCUUGCCCAUGAAUGCUACAGGUAACUUUCGUCCCUCCUUCCCACCAGUCAACUUGCAGUAUCACAAGUCAUUAAUCAAACAACAUGGAGAAAUCCAAGAAACUGGCAAUGACAAUGUCCCAAAGAUUGGCCAAUCUGGUAACUACAUGCAAGGACUCGAACGGGCACAUAAGAAAACCAAAAUCGAAACGAUUCCAAAAUACCGGAAACCUUGCCUAUAUUUCACUAGCUCAUCAGGGUGUCGUAACGGCUUCAAUUGCUCGUUCCAGCAUGAUGUGCCUGGACAGUGGAGGCUCCGAUAA